UUGGACCUCAAUAUAUUUUCCUUAUUUUGAAGAGAGUUUGUACGGAUGAUUUGCUCGAUGGAUCAUCCAAGUCACCAGAAACAAAAAAGUACUCCCUUCAUCCCAUAAUAUAAGAGCAGUUUUUACAUUAGUGUAGUGUUAAAAACGCUCUUAUAUUAUGGAACGGAGGUAGUAACUUGUUUAUUUUUUGGAGAAUUCACAGUUUUAUUUUCCUUUUAUUUUCUUGAAAGGAGAAUUCACAGCUAAAUCAAGUUGUAGCCAGCCAAUCGUUGGGCAUGCCGGCCCAACGUCUGAAGGCUGGAAGAGAAAAGGCGCCAACUUCAUUUUCCCGUCAAAGAGAAAGGAGAUCUGUUUCUCACCUCAUGGCCAGAUCUGCGGCGCUGCUGCUGCUGCUUCUCGCUCUUCUCCUGGCGUGCUCGGGGGCCGCGUCGGCAGCCGCCGCGGCGGGCAGAAUCAAGAGCAAGGCUGCUGCUCGGUCAGCGAGGGCGGAGGCGGAGGCGGGGUGCCGGGAUCUGGCGACGCGCGGCAAGUGUGUGGCGAGCGGCGGCGGGGGCAGGUGCCGGUGGUGCCGCAGCGACGCGCUCGACGACAUGUGCUUCGGCGCAGCGGAGGCGUGGCGGCUCCCGAAGCAGGUCUUCUCCUGCGACCAGCCCGCCGGCGCCGCGCACGCCAGGAGAUAGCGCCGGCGCCGCUGCUCUGCUUUCGACGCCUUCCCCUGGUUGGGAGGGGUCGUUGUAUUCUACUCGCUGGAUGUGGGAUUUACCGAGUGUUCGGUGUUCGUGCGUUGUACUGUCGUGUUACUCAUGUAUACGUACUUGAUUUUAUCGAAACGGGGCUGAUCGCGGCCGAAUUUAUUA